AUGCCACAGGUGGCAAUGACAAUCAUUGCAGAUGAUCAGCAGGGAGCACAUACUGAAGAUGUGAAGUGGCCUGAUGAGGGACCAUACUGUUGUGUGCAAGUGCCAGUACAGCUUGGUAAGAUUCCAGUUUCAGUUUGCAGUGAAAGCUGUACUGUGGGUUAUCGAAAAGCCACAAGGCAGGGCCAGCCAACCUGCUGUUUUGAUUGUAAACCAUGUUCAGAGGGACAAGUUUCAAAUGGGACAGGUGUAACUGACUGUCUAAAAUGCCCAGAUGACCAGUGGCCAAACAGCAGAAGAGACACAUGCAUUAGGAAAACAGUGGAAUUUCUGGCAUAUGAAGAUCCCUUAGGUUCAGUACUGACUUCAGCAACAACAGUUCUUAUUUUACUUAACAGCUUUGUAUGCAUAACAUUUGUUAAAUGUCGUCACACUCCUGUUGUCCGUGCAAACAAUCGCAAGCUCAGCUACAUUCUUUUGUUUGCACUUAUGUUUUGCUUUUUAUGUGCUCUUAUAUUCAUUGGUCAACCUGGAAACAUGACCUGUAUCCUACGUCAGAUCAUGUUUGGCAUUAUUUUUACCCUCUGUAUCUCAUGUGUGCUUGCGAAAACAAUCAUGGUUGUUAUUGUUUUUAAAGCAACAAAUCCACACAGCAAUCUGAGAAAAUGGCUUGGGUACAAGUUACCUUCAGGAAUCAUAUUUUUUGGGACACUCAUUCAGUUUGUGAUUUGCAUAAUUUGGUUGAUUUGUUUCCCACCCUAUCUGGAACACAACAUGAAAACCAUAACUGGAAAAAUCCUUAUUGAAUGCAAUGAUGGCUCAUUAUUUGCAUUCUGGUGCAUGCUGGGAUACAUAGGAUUUCUGGCUAGUGUUAGUCUUGUGGUAGCCUUUCUAGCUAGGAAGUUGCCUGACGAUUUCAAUGAAGCUAAGUUCAUAUGCUUUAGCAUGUUGGUGUUUGUCAGUGUCUGGUUAUCCUUUAUCCCAGCAUAUCUCAGUACCAAAGGAAAAUACAUGGUUGCUUUAGAAGUUUUUGCUAUCUUGUCCUCAAGUGCUGGCUUAGAAAUUUGCAUCUUCAUCCCUAAGUGUUACAUCAUAAUUUUCCGACCCAAUCUGAACACAAGGAAAUCAAAUGUCAGUAAGCAGACUUAAUGCUACUAUCACUUUGACAGUGUUGCAUACAUAUCCUUGGUUUCCAAAAGUAAUUCACAAAUAAUUAAUUUAUUAGGCAGGAAUUACUGUGGUUUCCCCAAACAGCUAUUUUUUUCUUCCAUUGUUUUCCAGAAUUACAGCAUUCACUAUAAUGAUAUAUAGUUUAGGUAGCUUGAUCAAGCAGAAAUCAGCUGAAAAAUGUUAGCCAAAAGCACAUUCUGCAAGACAGGA